AUGAAUUUGAUGAAAUCAUCUCCUAAAAGGUCAGACUAUAUUGAUAUUGAUUCAAUUCCCUAUCGAGAUUGUGAUGGCAUGAUCGAAAUUGGUGAGUCCACACUCAAAAUUGCUUCUCGACUAAAGGAACACUAGAAAGUGGUGAAACAUAAACAGCCGCGCAAGUCUAUACUAGCUGAACAUUCUUUCUUUGGCCUCUUAAUUUCAGUAGGAAUCUUCCGAGGUCUUAAACACAAGUGCUACUUGGCGUGGUUAAUGACUUUUGGAAUCUUGAGAAAUAAAUAUUCGCAAGAAUCCAAUCAAUCGUGAACAAAACAUUUAUUCGUUAACGACUAUAAACUUAUCGCUAAACAAGAGUUUUUUAGCUCAAAUUUAAUAUUUUUUUCUUCAGCCGUUUUUCGACAGCUUUCCCAGGGUUUGAAAUACAGCUAAGUCUUCAUAGUUUCCCUUCGUAA